CAUGCGCAUUGGUAAGAAAAGAAAGAGUCGUUUGCGAGACAUUUCUUUAGAUCAUUUGUAUGAAUGGGUUGAUAUAGAACUUCACAAGUGUAUUUACAUUCGUUUUAUAAGGAAAACCUUAAAGGAUAAAUUAAUAAUGUGCGAAGCGUUAGAGGAUUCUCGGGCAUGGUCUCUAAGAGUAUCCCGGGCCUUAGAUGACAUCGGGGUCACCAGACGCAUGGUCGCCAGGAGGAGGAGGACGUGGCUUAGGAGAGAGGCAGUCAAAACACUGUGUCUUGCAUUAUUGGGUUUAGAUAUGACAGAGUACUAUUUCGGAAGUCAGAGUGAAGGAACUACUACUCUAGGAAUGAUCUCUGAUGUUGAUAUAUUACACAGUAUACACAUUUUUCCAGUACUGUUAGACUCGAGUGAAUGGCACUAUGGGAAGUAUAAUUUACUUGUCAAAAAGACUGAGGGGUCCCCGCCUCAACACUGUAACCUCCAGAUACUGAGGCAAGACUGCCCUCUGCCAAUAACAAACGUUAUUAUGCCUGAUGAUAUGAUUGAUUGUGAGGGCAAUGUGUUCCUGCGAAAUGAUGAAGGGGAUAAUAUACAACAAAACCUAGUUGGAGUGAAGCUGAUAUCGCAUGGACCAUCGAGAAGUUUUGGUGACGAUGUUGACUCGGUUAGUGCAUUUCCGUGUGCUAGGUUACCAGCAGAGUGUCAGUUCCUCUUUUACAGACCCCGCCCUGGACAUUGGCCCACACCUGACAUGUUGGUACAGGCAAGUCAGUUUCCAGUAUUUCUUGUGAAGCAAGGCUACCCUGACAGUCCUUAUCAUCAACGGUUACUUGAAUGGAGAUUUUCUACUUCCCUCAUGGAACGGGUACUUGUAUUUAGUUUCAAUAUAAAUCAAAUUAAAGUGUAUGUGCUGUUAAAAAUGAUAAGGAAAUCAUUUCUAAAGCAUUUCGUAGGAGACAAUCUCAGCACAUUUCACAUUAAGACAGCCAUGAUGUUCACCAUAGAGAGCUAUCCGCCUGACAUAUGGAGAGAGGAAAACGUUGUACAGUGCGCCCUCUACUGCCUGACCACACUCUUCCGGUGGCUAAAACUAGGCUACUGUCCACAUUUCACAAUCUCCGGGGUGAACCUGUUUGUGGGAAAACUGGGUAGACCUGAAAUACACACCCUGCUGUCAGUUGUUGCUGACAUCAUGUGUGACAACCUCAGUUGUCUAACUUUGAUACAAAUGGAUGAAUUAGGGGCCAGAUUGCAACCGAUAACACGAGCGUUUCCUGGUAAAUCGCGAUAUGAGAUAAACAUGAAAAUAUGUGAACAUAUGUGUAGGCAGUUUUGUUCUACCACUGAAUAUUUGCUACGCAAAUUUCCAAAUGGAAUGGUAACAUUGAGCAAUCUUUACAAUGAUUUUAUUAGUCUCAACAUUCUUAACGACAUACUCUGUGAACCGAGCUUGGAGAAAGAAGCAACAACAAUAAUAUCACGGUUUGUUGCAAACAUAUUAGCAUCUGCCCUGGCUUCUGAGAAGUUACGCCUUAAUCAGCCAAUUACAGGUGAUAUAAUGCAGCUGUACUCUCUGUCCUUUGAAUCUGACUUACUGUCCAGCAGGCUAAAGUUUGCCUCUAUGUUGUACUGUAGCGGACAGUAUGAGGCAGCAGCUUCAGUGCUUAGUUACUGUGAGGGCCUGCUGGGGCCGCAUGUGUGGCAGAGCUGUGCCUGCGGGAGAGGACACAAACCUAGUCGGGCAUUUCUUGUAAAAUGUCUCAAAACUGAAAAUGACCUUGAAUUUCAUAAACAAUCAGUUGCAUGUUGUAUAAAAUUCACACACCUGGAAACAUGGGUUGUGCCUGACCACCUUCUGUAUGAAAUGUACAGACCAAUAACAAGCGAAGAUGCUCUUAUAUUGAAUGUUAAAGAACGCUUACGUAUGCAAUACGAACGGAGUUGGAUGAAAUACGCGGUAAUUGACUGCAUACCAUUUCUCUACUACCUACAGUACCUUACGUACAGGGAACUUGACCAUCUCGACAGAAAAUACACAGCAUUACAGAACCUAAGUAACUACUUGUAUAACCCUGGAGGUGUGGGUGGACAUACCGAGACAGUGGCAAAUGUUCUUGGGCACUGCUACGAGCUUGAAAACAGGCCGGAUAUGUUUUGGCAAUGUUACAGUCAGUCUCUAAGCCAUCAUCCCAGAAACAAUGCUGCCAACUGGCAUGUGAUAAGAUUGCUAAACCAACAAGCGAGACAGUGAUAUUGAUAGGAUACAAGUUUUUAAAAGUCAGAAGCACCAUUAUGACUGUUGUGUAAGAUUUAUUUACACGUUCAAAUUUUUUCAAUAAAGUUAAAAGGAAUGUAUUUCUACCAGAAUAAAUUAUCGUUGAAUA